AUGGCUCCAUCACUCUUUCGCGCCGUUCGCCCGGCUGCUCAGCUUUACCGCUCGAGCGUGCCAUCGACCUCCAGCCGGCUUCUUUCGACGACUGCAAGCCGCUCGCUCGCAUCCGAGGCUCAGGAUACUACUCCUUCCGCUAAGGCAGUCCCCACCUUGCCCGCCACAUCUGCCUUCACCGUUGAAGAGCUCCACGACAAGAGCGCACAGGAGAUUCUUCGCGAGGGCGGCACCAGAAAGGACCGCUCGCUUCGUCACUUUACUGUCAACUUUGGUCCUCAGCAUCCUGCCGCCCACGGUGUGUUGCGUUUGAUUCUCGAGCUUAAUGGAGAGGAGAUCCUUCGAACAGACCCCCACAUCGGUCUCUUGCACCGAGGUACCGAAAAGCUGAUCGAGUACAAAACCUACACACAGGCACUUCCUUACUUUGACCGACUUGACUAUGUUUCCAUGAUGACUAACGAGCUCUGCUACUCGCGAGCCGUUGAGAAGCUUCUCAACAUCGAGGUUCCCGAGCGAGCCAAGUGGAUUCGUACCAUGUUCGGAGAGAUGACCCGUAUUCUCAACCACUGCAUGGCUGUCCUUUCGCACGUCAUGGAUGUUGGCGGUCUCACUCCCUUCUUGUGGGCAUUCGAAGAGCGUGAGAAGCUCAUGGAGUUCUACGAGCGUGUUUCCGGUGCUCGUCUCCACGCUGCUUACGUUCGUCCCGGUGGUGUUGCAUACGAUCUUCCCCCUGGUUUGUUGGACGACAUUUACAAAUGGGCUACUCAGUUUGGUUCGCGUGUCGACGAGAUCGAGGAGGUUGUUACUGGUAACCGUAUCUGGAAAGGCCGUACCAUUGGUAUCGGCAAGGUGACUGCUCAGCAGGCGCUCGACUACGGUUUCUCGGGUGUCAUGCUCCGUGGUUCCGGAAUUCCUUGGGAUAUUCGUAAAGUCGCUCCUUACGACGCUUAUGACCAGGUCGAGUUCGACGUCCCCGUCGGCAAAAACGGUGAUUGCUACGACCGAUACCUCUGCCGUGUCGAAGAGUUCCGUCAGUCGCUCCGCAUCAUCGAGCAGUGCUUGAACAAGAUGCCUGCCGGUCAGAUCAAGGUCGACGACCACAAGCUUGUACCACCACCGCGUGCCACGAUGAAGGAGAGCAUGGAGUCGCUCAUUCACCACUUUAAGCUCUUCUCGGAAGGUUACGCCGUUCCACCUGGUGAGACCUACUCAGCUAUCGAGGCGCCUAAGGGUGAGAUGGGUGUCUACCUUGUUUCUGAUGGUACUAACCGUCCAUACCGAUGCAAGAUCCGUGCCCCUGGAUUCGCUCACUUGGCAGGUGCUGAUUUCAUGGCACGACACCACUACAUUCCCGACAUAGUGGCUAUCAUUGGUACCCUCGAUCUUGUGUUUGGUGAGGUGGACCGUUAA